UAUAUACUGACUGUGGAACAUCACUUCAUACAGACUGUUGGAGUAUUGUCAGUAUAUACUGACUGUGGAACAUCACUUCAUACUGACAUUGGAUGGAAUAUCAGUUUAUAUUAUAACUGUGAAAUAAAAGUCACCUUUCACAAGAACUGUGAUAAACAAGUUACAUCCACAACAGCUGGGUUAUAAUCACAUUCAACAAAUGCUGUGGUAUAACUGAACAUACACCUGGAAAAUUAUGAUGAAAUAAAAAGAAGACAGAAUAACAGCUGAACACUUCCUCCCAAUUGUUCAAGUCUCCUGUUCUGGAUGAGCAACUCAAGCCUGAAGUGAUGUAGCACAUGUACUGCCAAAAUGUUGAUCCAGGGUCCUUGUUUGAACAUCACUGAUGAGGAGGACAACAACACCGGGCUAGGAAGUGAGCGGGCCAAGCUGUUGUUUGAGGAUGUCAGCUACAUAGUGUAUGGCUUCGCCCUACCGAGUGUGUGUCUGUUUGGAAUGGUGGGCAAUGUCCUUAACCUAACCAUUUUAACACGGCGUAAACUUCAGAAAUCUUUCCGCACACUUGAAAUGGCAGCUAACUACUGCCUUGUGGCAUUAGCUGUAUCUGAUCUUAUGUUUUGUGUAUUUGCUUUUCCGACUACAUUUCUUUCUGGGGAUGACAUGUACGACAAUACUGCGUUUCUUCUGAAGUAUCGGAUGUACGGGACGGCCAUCAUCAAUGUGUUCAUCAUGGUCAGCACGUGGCUGACUGUUGCCAUGUCGCUGGAACGCUUCCUGGCAAUUUGUUAUCCUCUUCGGCAAGACUUAUAUUUAACAACACGUCGGAUAAAAAUCAUCAUUGUGAUCUCAUACAUAUUUUCCUUUAUCUUCAAUGUUCCGAUUCUGUGGCGGUAUGAACCCAGACUCCUGUGUAGCACAAAUUCAUCACAUCCUAUUUACAUGCCAAAAGCAGUUCCCUUACUGGGCAGCGUGAAAAUCGACACAGCUUACCGGAUACUGUGGGCUUUCAUCGGAAACUUCAUUCCUCUGAUCCUGCUCUUCUACUUCAAUGUGUGUUUGUGCAGAAAGAUCUAUCGUUCAUACAAAAUGAGACAAAAAUUUAAACAAGAUCGACAUGGAUCAGAAAACUCGAGCCACACUCUAACAAUAACGCUUGUGGUGAUUGUGGUGAUGUUUUUCAUCCUGGUGGCCCCAUCGGAGAUUGUGAUUGUGAUAACCAAAAUAACAAACAAUGAGAGCAACUAUUCCUAGACUAUAGAAGCUGUGAUGAACUUCCUGCAGUCGCUGAACUUCUCGGUCAACUUCAUCCUGUACUGCAUCAUCAGCCCGUACUUCAGGAAGACGCUCAAGUACAUCUUCUGCUGCGGCUGCUACAACAUCUACCAGGUAUCCAAGCAGUGGAAGAAGGAGUUUGAAACCUCACUCAUGUGACAAUCAGCCCCCCCAGACGGAACUGGAAUUACAAAGUUUCUCAUAAACUCAAUCUCAUUACAAUCAGACAGCUUUCUCCAAUUUGACAUUCUCUGAUACUUGAUACAUUGUAUCGAUACAAGCAUCCCUCUUUAGGAGAUGAUGUCAUGUGACCUUUCUCAUCAGCCUAUCAGUAUGGCGGCUUUGAAAAACAUUCGGUAACAGCAAGUUAUUAUUCAGUGGAGCAUGCUGUGAACAGAUAAUGCUACAGCUGUCAAAACGAGCAUGAACAGACAGUUCCAAACGGACAACAAUAACGGUGGUGCAAUACUGUGUAUAUGUUACAAUUGUUGCUUCAGUCGCAUUACACAAUUAAGGACACAAGAAUUUCUUUCAGCUUCAUUUUUCCUAGACACCAAGUAUUUGUGAAGAAGCAAGUAAAUUUACUUGUUUAGACAGCUCACAUCUGACAGGCUCAUAAAAAUCCAUCUUUCAUGGAGACAGUGUUUUCAGGAUGACCUUAUGAGAUCUAUCUAGGGACUGCAAGGUCCUGGUGGAGUUCAUGAUAUAUUUGGAGCAAAAUCUGCUUUUAAUGACAGUGCUCUUAAACCACAGACUUUACCAAAGAUAAUGUCAGUAUAUUUAUGAAUGACUUCAGUUUCAAUUAAUCUUAUUUUUUGUGAAUUUGAAAUCCAUCUUUUACACAUUUCCCCCAUGUAUGUCAUAUAGGAUUUAUACACCAGUGUUGGGCACAGUCUUCAACAAUGUGUCAGUAUUACCCUCUUGAUCAUUAGCAUCCUCCUGGGAUAUGCACAUAGAACAAUUCAUUGUCAUCAGGUAGAAAAAGUGCUAUGUCAGCAGAAACAUUUCACCCUCAAUCUUGUAGGACUUGUACCCACUCUUAGGACAUCAUCACUUUAGUCAGUGUGAGUACUUCAGCACAAUCUAGCCCUCCAUCCAUUCAUCAAUUUACUUCCCAAUCCAAUCACUGUAAAUGAAUAAGGUCACCCAGAUAUAAAGGUAAUGAUCCACUGUGCGUGGACGUAAUCUGUGAUGCAGUAUCUAUUUGCAUGAAUAUUCUUGUUUAGAUUGCCAUGGCAUACUGUGACAGGCUACAGAAACAAGAAAGUAGUUGUGGCCUAUGAACUGAGUGAAUGUAAUGACCUGUACAUAUCCUGUCCAGUCAAGAGACUCUGGUCGCUGCAGGCUGGAAAUAUUGCCUUCUAUAAUUGCCAUGAGGGACCAGCCAUUUAAUACUCUGAGGGCUGGGUUUUCUUUCUUUUUUACAGCCAACACAUUAAUUGAAUUUUCUGUUUCAUAAAAUUCUUUUUUAACCUGAUAUUUAUUACUUUUACAUCAUUUUCUGGAACACAACACAGAAUAUAAAAUGGUCGGCCCCAGCCGUGUUGUUGGCCAAUGAACUAACAUCUACAGUUACCUGACCAAAGAAUUUCUUGUUGUGUAAUGUUUUCAUCAAGAACAAUAUCCAGACUAGGACGUUUCCUCUCAGGUAACUACAGCUGUGCGCUGUUGAUGUUGGUAUGUAUAUAUCCAUUAUUACACAUCGGAUGGUCCAUAUGAUUCAAAUCAGAAUUUCACUGAAUAUGGACUUAUUCCUUAUAAAAUGUGCAUAAUAUAUAGUUUCCAUGGAGACAGUCUAUAUCUUGUUGCCAGUCUCUGUUCUUUUAUCUUUAAGAAUUUACCCCCAAAUAUUAUUUUUUUUGUUCUUACUAUCAUUAUCAUAAACUUGAAACAUUUUCAGCUAAAAUAAUCUUUUGUGAAUUAGAAAAUAUUAUGGUUAAUAUGCAGGUGUUGUUAUAACAUUAUGAUUAUGCUGUAAAAGGCUUUCAUUCUGCAUAGUUGAUAUAUAAGGGAAAUAUUCCGACUGAACAUAGUUUUGCAUGUCCACCCUAUAGUCUGUGUAGAAACAGUGUUAUGUAUGUCCAGACCCGACAGCACAUUUGUUAGAAACCUUGACAUAUUAGAUAUAAUAGUUGCUCCUCCAUGUCAGGUUACUGUGAAUACUUGUGAGUCAAGAAGCUUGAAGGACCUGUCCAGUUUAGUGAGGUUCCACUGUUUAAAGAACAGACACUGGCACAGGUGUGAUGUUAUUGCUCUGUAUGACUGAUGUGCGCGGAAUAAAAGUUAUAAUGUUGACA